GUUCCUGCAUUUAUCUUUUCUCUUUCUCCCUAUUUUCCAUUUCUCUGCUCGCAUCUUAACUUGCAGGCCUUGUCGGUGGUCCGAAUUGAGCUGCGAAAUCACCCAAAAUCCCGAAUAUAUACUCGAAGCCUGGGGCAAGUUGUGCAAUUUGGGUGCACCAGAAGGUUUUUAAGGCGUUGAAGACCCUUGCAGUGGAAACUCAGAAGAACAGAGAUUUGUUCCUGGAUGCGGGAGGAAGUGAACUGCAGUACUUGUGCAGUGGAUGCAGAUUGGGUUUAGAAGACGCCGGCUGCUUUCCAAUUGCGAACCGCCCGCGCCAAAGGGCUCCCCCCUAUUGACUCUUGACCCUCGACUCAGUCAGGUCUCCCACUUUCCAUUGGUAGCUGCAAUCCAUGGAAGGUCUCUGAUUUUCCCCUGGUGUGAAGAGCGAUUCCAGCCGACUGCCCCAGGCGAUUUCCCUUCAGCGGUAGCUUGGACCGAGACCCGUCGCAGAUUUCCGGAGGGGAAAGCACGGCCGUCCUUUGCAUCUGCUCAUCAAUCUGGAUUCACCUUCUCAUCCUCUCUCUUUUUCUGGUCCUUUGCUUGUUGUUGGACGACUUGUAUUGACUCUUCCGACACUCUCCAGAUUCCAGUCGCUCGUUCCAACAUCGGCUGUAAGGCAGAUUGGGCUAGCCCGCUCGACUUCGUGCUAUUCAAUCGGCUCUAUCAGCUGUCCGCAAGAUCCCGUGUCUUCUCAGAUCGAGACCACACGCUCUUGCCAUUGCCCUCGUUCAGCAUCUUUACGCGCGCCAGAAUAUAAUAGGUCGAACAAUCUCGCUCAAGCUGGGUUCGACGGAGUGAAACAGAAAGCGUCCGGAGAACCAUGGGGUGCGAUUGCUAGUAAACGGCCUUCCGA